AUUGGCGACGUUCCGUCACGUGACCUUAACGCUCCGCCGGCGCCAGUUUCAAACAGCGGAACAAACUGAAAGCUCCGGUGCCAGACCCCACCCCCGGCCCCGGCCCGGGACCCCCUCCCUUCCCGGGAUCCCCCGGGGUUCCCACCCCGCCCGCACCGCCGGGGACCCGGCCGGUCCGGCGCGAGUCCCCGUCUGGGGUCCGGGCUCGGCCCCCAGGUUGGAGGAGCCCGGAGCCCGCCUUCGGAGCCACGGCCCAACGGCGGCGGCGACUGCAGUCUGGAGGGUCCACACUUGUGAUUCUCAAUGGAGAGUGAAAACACCGAUUCAUAAUGAAAACCAGCCCCCGUCGGCCAUUGAUUCUCAAGAGACGGCGGCUGCCCCUUCCUGUUCAAAAUGGCCCAAGUGAAACAUCAGAGGAGGAACCUAAGAGAUCCCCUGCCCAACAGGAGCCUAGUCAAGCACAGGCCUCCAAGGAAGUGGCAGAGUCCAGCUCUUGCAAGUUUCCAGCUGGGAUCAAGAUUAUCAACCACCCCACCAUGCCCAACACCCAAGUAGUGGCCAUCCCCAACAAUGCCAAUAUCCACAGCAUCAUCACGGCACUGACUGCCAAGGGAAGAGAGAGUGGCAGUAGUGGGCCCAAGAGAUUCAUCCUUAUCAGCUGUGGGGGAGCCCCAACUCAGCCUCCAAGACUCCAGCCUCAAAUCCAAACCAGCUGUGAUGCCAAAAGGACAGAAGUGACCAUGGAGACCUUGGGACCAAAACCUGCAACUACGGAUAUAAAUCUUCCUAGACCACCUGGAGCUCUUUGUGGGCAGAAACAGGAGAGCCGUGCAGGUGGUGAGGCAGCAAGCUGCACUAUCAACAAUAGCCUCUCCAACAUCCCAUGGCUUCAAAACAUGAAUUCUGAUGGACUGGGCUCCUGCAGCAUCAAGCAAGAGAUGGAGGAAAAGGAGAAUUGUCACCUGGAGCAGAGACAGGUUAAGAACUCCAUCCGCCACAACCUUUCCCUGCAUGACAUGUUCGUCCGGGAGACAUCCGCCAAUGGCAAGGUCUCCUUCUGGACCAUUCACCCCAGUGCCAACCGCUACUUGACAUUAGACCAGGUGUUUAAGCCACUGGAUCCAGGAUCUCCACAAUUGCCCGAGCACUUGGAAUCACAGCAGAAACGACACAAUCCAGAGCUCCGCCGGAACGUGACCAUCAAAACUGAACUCCCCCUGGGCACACGGCGGAAGAUGAAGCCACUACUACCACGGGUCAGCUCGUACCUGGUACCUAUCCAGUUCCCGGUGAACCAGUCGCUGGUGUUGCAGCCCUCGGUGAAGGUGCCAUUGCCGCUGGCAGCUUCCCUCAUGAGCUCAGAGCUCGCCCGCCAUAGCAAGCGAGUCCGCAUUGCCCCCAAGGUACUGCUAGCUGAGGAGGGGAUAGCUCCUCUUCCUUCUGCAGGACCAGUGAAAGAGGAGAAACUCCUGUUUGGAGAAGGACUGUCUCCUUUGCUUCCAGUUCAGUCCAUCAAGGAGGAAGAAAUCCAGCCUGGGGAGGAAAUACCACACUUAGUGAGACCCAUCAAAGUGGAGAGCCCUCCCUUGCAAGAGUGGCCCUCCCCAGCCCCAUCUUUCAAAGAGGAAUCUUCUCCCUCCUGGGAGGAUUUGUCCCAAUCUCCCACCCCAAGACCCAAGAAGUCCUACAGUGGGCUCAGGUCCCCAACCCAGUGUGUCUCGGAAAUGCUUGCGAUUAAACACAGGGAGAGGAGGGAAAUGAGCCGGUCUCGAAGGAAACAGCAUCUAAUGCCUCCCUGUGUAGAUGAGCCAGAGCUGCUCUUCUCAGAGGGGCCCAGUCCUUCCCGCUGGGCCACAGAGCUCCCAUUCCCAGCAGACUCCUCUGAGCCUGCCUCCCAGCUCAGCUACCCCCAGGAAGAGGGAGGACCUUUUAAGACACCCAUUAAGGAAACAAUGCCCAUCUCCUCCACCCGGAGCAAAUCUGUCCUCCCCAGAACCCCUGAAUCCUGGAGACUUAUGCCCCCAGCCAGAGUAGAGGGGCUGAAUUUCAGCCCAGUACAAACUCCGCAGGGUACAUUUGGCCCCUUGCCUGACCCCCUGGGGCUGAUGGAUCUCAGCACCACCCCACUGAAAACCAUUCCCACCUUUGAAUCACCGCAAAGGCUCCUCAGUUCAGAACCCUUAGACCUUGCCUCCGACCCCUUUGGCAACUCUUCUCCCUCAGAUAUGGAAGUCCCCAAGCCAGGCUCCCCGGAGCCACAGGUUUCUGGCCUUGCAGCCAAUCGUUCUCUAACAGAAGGCCUGGUUCUGGACACAAUGAAUGAUAGCCUCAGCAAGAUCCUGCUGGACAUCAGCUUCCCUGGCCUGGAGGAGGACCCACUGGGCCCUGACAACAUCAACUGGUCCCAACUCAUUCCUGAGCUACAGUAGAGCCCUGCCCUUUCCCUUGUGCUCAAGCUGUCCACCACCCUGGGCGCUCCUGUGGCUGGGCAGUCCAAGGCUCACUGUAUGCCACGCCUCUGAGUUCGGACAGCAGGCAGAGACUGUUCUGCUACUCCUAGCUCCCUGCUGCCUGAUUAUGCAGAGGUAGCAGUCACACCCUAGUCGCUGCUGGGACCUUAUACUGCCCAAGAGAAUCUGAUUCCUCUGCUGUCCCUCCCAGGAGCUGAAGGGUGGGAACGACAAAGGCAAUGGUGAAAAGAGAUUAGGAACUCCCCAGCCUGUUCCCAUUCUGUGCCCAGCAAUCUCUCACCUUCCCUGAUCUUUGCAGGGUGGCCCUUGUAAAUAGUGUAAAUUCUCCAAAUUAUCCUCUAAUUAUAAAUGUAAGCUUAUUUCCUUAUAUCAUUAUCCAGAGACUGCCAGAAGGUGGGUAGGAUGACCAGGAGUUUCAGUUGACUUCUCUUCCUUGCUUUUAGUUCUAAGAGAAGGGAGGACCUGCAGUACACGGUUUCUUCCAGGCCAAGGCACCUGGAUCUUGGGUUCUUUACUGCAGGCACCAGACAAGUGGAUCUGCUUGCCAGAGUCCUUUUUGCCCCUCCCUGCCACCUCCCCAUGUUUCCUAGUCAGCUUUCCUGCAAGAAGACAUCCUGGUUAAAAAGGUCUUUUGUAUUGGGUCAAGAGUUGAAAUUGGGGUGGGAGGAUGGAUGCAACUGAAGCAGAGUGUGGGUGCCUAGAUGUGUGCCAUUAGAUGUUUCUCUGACAACGUCCCUAAUCAUACCAAGGGGACUAGCAUUGGCAAGAACUCAGGUGGAGGCUUAAGAAGGCUGAAAGGGCCCCUGACCUGCCUGACUUCCUUAUCUUGCCCCUCAGCUUUGCAAAGAGCCAGCCUAGGCCCCAGCUGACCUCACAGGUACGAGCCGACUUGAGAACACUACUGUUAACUACCUACUCAAUAAAAGCCAGGGUGGACAUGC